CUGUCUCUGAGUUUAUUUGUUUCUCAAGACAAGUAUUUGUUCCACCUGAGAUUGGAAAAACAGACACUCUUUCCGGCGAGAAGCGAGAAGAAAAAAAGGGAUGCCGACUGACAUAGAAGAUGAGAUCAAGGACGAGAAGAACCCUCGACCUCUUGAUGAAGACGACAUCGCUCUGCUCAAAACUUAUGGACUCGGGCCUUAUUCCAAUAGCAUCAAGAAAGCAGAGAAGGAUGUGAAAGAAAUGUCCAAAAGGAUCAAUGAUCUAUGUGGUAUUAAGGAGUCUGACACUGGUUUAGCUGCACCUAGCCAAUGGGAUCUUGUUUCUGAUAAACAAAUGAUGCAAGAGGAACAACCUCUUCAGGUAGCAAGAUGCACAAAGAUUAUCAACCCCAACACUGAAGAUGCCAAAUACGUUAUAAAUGUCAAACAAAUCGCAAAGUUUGUUGUUGGAUUGGGAGACAAAGUUUCACCCACUGAUAUUGAAGAAGGCAUGCGUGUUGGUGUUGACCGAAACAAAUACCAGAUUCAGAUUCCCUUACCUCCCAAGAUUGACCCCAGUGUAACAAUGAUGACAGUGGAAGAAAAGCCAGAUGUCACAUACAAUGAUGUUGGUGGAUGUAAAGAACAAAUUGAGAAAAUGAGAGAGGUUGUUGAGUUACCCAUGCUCCACCCUGAGAAAUUUGUAAAACUUGGAAUUGACCCUCCAAAAGGUGUCCUCUGCUAUGGCCCACCUGGAACUGGAAAAACACUUUUGGCAAGAGCAGUUGCUAAUAGAACUGAUGCGUGUUUUAUUCGUGUAAUUGGAAGUGAACUUGUUCAAAAGUAUGUUGGUGAAGGUGCUCGCAUGGUUCGCGAAUUAUUUCAGAUGGCAAGAUCCAAAAAGGCUUGCAUUGUUUUCUUUGAUGAAGUGGAUGCAAUUGGUGGUGCUAGAUUUGAUGAUGGGGCAGGUGGGGACAAUGAAGUUCAAAGAACCAUGCUUGAAAUUGUGAAUCAGCUUGAUGGAUUUGAUGCUCGUGGUAACAUCAAAGUUCUCAUGGCUACAAAUAGACCUGACACAUUGGACCCUGCACUUUUGCGACCUGGGAGACUGGAUAGGAAAGUGGAGUUUGGGCUUCCGGAUAUGGAAAGUAGGACACAGAUUUUUAAGAUUCAUACACGGACUAUGAACUGUGAAAGGGAUGUUCGGUUUGAGCUUUUGGCUCGUCUUUGCCCGAAUUCUACAGGUGCUGAUAUAAGGAGUGUGUGUACUGAGGCUGGAAUGUAUGCAAUUAGAGCAAGAAGGAAGACGGUGACUGAGAAGGAUUUUCUUGAUGCGGUUAAUAAAGUGAUCAAGGGGUAUCAGAAGUUUAGUGCCACACCCAAGUACAUGGUGUACAACUGAUUUGGCUGCUGGAAAGUGGAAACCAAAGACAUGGACAUGAACUUGUUAUAUGUUUUUUAAGGUUGUUGAGAUGUUGGAUUGUCUCUUGUGUUUUUCAUAUUGCCUAUGUUGUGGUUAUUUGAACAUUUUUUUGAGGCAAGAUGGGAGCAAACAAACUACAAACUGUUGAUUAAUGUUAUAUUUGUGUUUGCUUGGUGAA